GUGAAGGGAAGUGUUCCUUGCGCAUGCGCGGAACUGUUGCGUUGUCCAGUAUCAAUCGUGGCGUAAAACGUCACAUAGCGUGUGCUUGCAUUACUUCUUUCAUUUUUUUUUUACCUUUGUACUUAUUCCUAUAUCGUAGGAAAAAAAACAACCCUUAUUAAUUAUUUGUGUCAGGAUUAACUCAGCUCUGUCUCAGUCAACUUGGACGCUGAGCGUGCUAGUUAGCUUAGCAUGCUAGCUGCUAACAAAGAGAGGCGGAAGUGAUCAAAACAUCGCUGAGAAGAGAUCAAGUUGUCCUGCAAACAUCUGCAACAGGAGUGGAGCUUCAGGAUGGAGCAGGAGGAACCACAGCACUCCCUCAUUAAAAAGGAAGGUGAGGCACCACAGACUCCUUACAUUCAAAAGGGAACAAAGGACCCACUCACCCCUCAUUUUAAAGAGGAAGAGGAGGAACACAGCAUCAGUCAGGGGGGAGAGCAUUUUGAAGGACUGGAGGAGGUUGAUGUCACCAAGAUGCCAGUGACUGGUGUCCCUGUGAAGAGUGAAGAUGAUGGUGAACAUCUUCUCCCUGAGCAGCAGAAGUGGAGCUUCAGGAUGGUGACGGAGGACCCACAGCCCUCCCACAUUAGGGAGGAAGAUGCGGAGCUACAGACUCCUCACAUUAAAAAAGAAGAGGCGGAACACAGCAUCAGCCAGGAGGGAGAGCAUCUUGAAGGACUGGAGGAGUUCCCAGUGACUGGUGUCCCUGUAAAGAGUGAAGAUGAUGAGGUCAAAUGGUUGGAGGAGUUCCCAGUGAUUAGUGUGAUUGUGAAGAGUGAAGAUGAUGAGGUCAAAGGUGAGAGUGAGGAGAGGGGAGGGGGGGAGCCUCCAAGCAGCAGCUCAACUCAACACAUGACAACAGAAGCUGAUGGAGACCACUGUGGAGGAUCACAAGCAGACAAGCUCUUAGCUCCACUAUCAGAUAGUGAGGACACAACGUCACACUCUCCUGACACUGAUGAUGAAGACUCUAAAGACGAUAAGACGUGUCGCGCCGACAACACACACCUGACGUGUUCUCACUGCGACAAAACGUUUAAAUACCCAAGUCUUCUGAAAGAACACAUGAGAACACACACCGGAGAAAAAUAUUUUUCCUGCACGGAAUGUGGUAAGAGAUUUGCACGGAAAAAUGUGUUGAACGUCCACAAGAGAACGCACACCGGAGAAAAACCUUUUUUCUGUUCAGUAUGUGGUAAAACUUUUGUACAAAAGCAUUGUUUAAAAAUACACAUGAGGAAACACAGUGGGGAAAACCUAUUUUCUUGUUCAAUCUGUGGUAAAAGUUUCACAACGAGUUCAAAUUUUAAAGUACACAUGAGAAUACAUACUGGGGAAAAACCUUUUUCCUGUUCUAUAUGCGGUAAAGCUUUUGUACAAAAGGAUUGUCUAAAUAUACACAUGAGAAAACACAGUGGUGAAAAACCCUUUUCUUGUUCAACCUGUGGCAAAAGUUUUACAAGAAGUUCAAGUCUGAAAGUACACAUGGGAAUCCAUACUGGAGAAAAACCGUUUUCCUGUUCAAUCUGUGGUAAAGUUUUUGCACAUGGUAAACAUUUGAAAGUGCACAUGAGGAUACACACGGGAGAAAAACCUUUUACCUGUUCAAUCUGUGGUAAAGGUUUUGCAAAAAGUAGCAAUUUCAUUGUGCACAUGAGAAUACACACCAGAGAAAAACCUUUUAUGUGUUCAAUUUGCGGUAAAAGGUUUUCACAAAGUCCACAUGUGAAAAUACACAUGCGAACGCACACUGGUGAGAAACCGUUUUCCUGCUCAAGCUGCAAUAAAGGAUUUUGUGAACGAUCAAAGCUUGUAGCACACAUGAAUACACACACUGGAGAGAAAGUGUUGAGUUGCAGUGUGUGUGGUGAAAGAUUCUCUUCUAAGUCCCAGUGUAAGAAACACAAGUGUGCUGGUGAGAACAGCAGCAGCAAAUGAAGAUGCAGGAUUUGAAAUAUUCCGACAAAACUUGCAUUAAUAUACAGCAAUAUGUGAAGUGAAGUGAAUUAUAUUUAUAUAGCGCUUUUCUCUAGUGACUCAAAGCGCUUUACAUAGUGAAACCCAAUAUCUAAGUUACAUUUAAACCAGUGUGGGUGGCACUGGGAGCAGGUGGGUAAAGUGUCUUGCCCAAGGGCACAACGGCAGUGACUAGGAUGGCGGAAGCAGGAAUCGAACCUGCAACCCUCAAGUUGCUGGCACGGUCGCUCUACCAACCGAGCUAUGCCGUACUUUUAUUUU